AUGGAGUUUCAUGUUGGCCCAUUUUCCUUUGCAGGGAUGACCCCAACACCUUCCACCAGCAGCUCCGGGGCGGACGCAGUGACCUGGACCUACUUUGCUAUGAUCUUCCUGACCAUGGUCACCUCUGUGUGUGGGAUAGUGGGCAACAGCAUUGUGAUCUGGCUGCUGAGCUGCCGUGUGCGGCGCACCCCCUUCUCCAUCUACAUGCUCAACCUGGGGGUGGCCGACCUUCUCUUCCUCCUCUGCAUGGCCUCUGUAGUGAGCCUGGAGACCCAGCCCCUGCCUGACUGGGAUCUCGUCGAUGACAGCUCCACCGAGGACUUCAAUUCUCUCGCCAUGGCCUACGAGGUGAUGAUAAGGGUGAAGUACUUCGCCUACACCACCAGCCUCAGCUUGCUCACAGCCAUCAGCACCCAGCGCUGCCUCUCAGUCCUCUACCCCAUCUGGUAUAGGUGCCACCGGCCCCAGCACCUGUCAACCACAGUACUCACCCUGCUCUGGACCCUGUGCUUCACCAUGAACAUGCUGGCUUCCUGCUUCUGCACCAGGUUCUCCCAUUUCAACAAGAAAGACUGUUUCAAGGUGGAUAUCGCCAUGAGCACCCUCAUCAUGGGAGUCUUCACCCCUGUGAUGGCCAUAUCCAGCGUCACCCUCUUUGUCCAGGUGCGGAAGAGUACAUUGCUGGGGCGGCGGCGGCCCCGGAGGCUGUACGUGGUCAUCUUAACCUCCGUCUUUGUGUUCCUGGUCUGUUCCCUGCCCCUGGGCAUCCACUGGUUUGUUGUGUUCUGGACGGACCUGGGGCCGCACACAAAGCUCCUGUGGCUCUGCCUGGCACGCUUCUCCUCCUCUGUGAGCAGCAGCGCCAACCCGGUCAUCUACUUCCUGGUGGGCAGCCUGAGGCACCAGAAACUGAAGGAGUCCAUGAAUGUCGUUUUGGAUCGGGCACUACAGGAGGAGCCCGAGCUGGAGGAAAGGGAGACACCCUCCACAGGCACCCAGGAGGGCAUCUAA